UUGAGAGAGUAUAAUAUAAAAGACUCUCAGCAGAUCCAGGACUCAGCAACAGAUCCAAGCAGCCAUAUAGCUUGUUCUUCUCUGAACGCCAGAUCUAUCCACAUCACAGAGCCAUGUCUUCUCAGCAACAGAAGAUUCCCUGUACCCCACCUCCCCAAGUUCAUCAGCAGCAGGUGAAACAGCCCUGCCAGCCACCUCCCCAGGAGCCAUGUGCCCCCAAGAUCCCAGAGCCUUGCCACCCCAAGAUCCCAGAGCCUUGCCACCCCAAGGUGCCAGAGCCUUGCCAUCCAAAGGUGCCAGAGCCUUGCCACCCCAAGGUGCCAGAGCCAUGCCAUCCCAAGGUCCCAGAGCCUUGCCACCCCAAGGUGCCGGAGCCAUGUACCACCAAAGUCAUUCCACCUCCAGCUCAAGAGAAGUGCCCACAGGUCCUCAAGACCAAACAGAAGUAAGAUGGCUCAGGAUGACGCCCUCCAUGAGACCAGCAGCCAGAUGAAGAAUCUCCCUUACCAUCAGCUUUCCAACCCUAAUUGCUAUCUGUACUUCCAGGGAGAGAUUUCUCCCCUGGUGCUUUUCAGCCUAUAAUUAGCAUGCUGAAAACAAUUAGCAAUGGUCCUGCCCUUCAUUUGGGUCCUGAAAAUGCUACAGAAGUCUGUCCCCACCCUGGGAUCCCUAAGCACCUGGAUCAGGCUGAGGCUGCAUCCGCCUGAGCUGGCCCUCUGGCUACAGCUAUCAGGGCUAGAAUCAGGCUUCAGUCCAGGAAUGACUGUAUCCUUCCUACUCUGAUCCCAUUAAACUCAU